AAAAAUAUAUUAAAAACAUUGCCAAUUUCAGUAAACAAACCAAAAUGUAAUUGAAAAUGGAUAUCUGAAAACACAUCCAGUGAAUUUCCAGAGAAUCACAAGCUGUCUGAUUUGUCAGUCUAUACCUGUCAAACACACUGCCCUUCAUAAACCACAACCUUUACUGAACAAUUAAUUUCCCUUAAAUUCCUUAGUGACUUGAUGUCUCUUGUUACAUAGUUGUUGCAAGCCCUGUACCCACCUACUUAACAAAACAAUUAGAUACACUUUCAUUCCAAGGAAUAGUGGUGACGUAGUCAAUCAUGCUUAAUCCAACUGUAUAAGAAGCUCGAGGACACAAAAGGGGGUAUUUUACAUGUCGCCUCACACUCGGAAAAACGCACUUUAACCUCCCAGGACGCAUCGCCAGACUAUCUCUCGCCAUGUCUUUUGUAGCCAGUCGCAAUAGUAGCCGUAGCUACAGCUCACGUAGCGGUGUCGGUUCGAGUGGCCUCAGUUCUACCGGUGGGAUGCAGUUUUCCAACGGUUUGGGAAGCGGUAGGUCCCGUAUGAGCGUGUCAUCUCUUGGGAGCAGUCGCGCGCCGAGUGUAUACGGAGGUGCGGGGGGAUACGGCACCGGUAUCUCUCAAUCCUCUUUCUCUAUGGACUGGCCAGGCCAGAUCACUAUCAGCGCCAACGAGAAGCAUACCAUGCAGAAUCUGAACGACCGUUUGGCCACCUACCUGGAAAAGGUGCACUCUCUAGAGGCAGCCAAUAGCAAGUUGGAGCUGCAGAUCAAAGAGCUCUAUGAGAUGAGAUCACCGACUCACAAGAAGGACCUCAGUGGGUUCUAUGCCACCAUCGCAGACAUCCGCAACAAGAUCCAUGCCAGGUCUAUGGAGAACUCUCAGAUGAUCCUGUGUGUGGAUAAAGCCAGACUUGCAGCUGAUGACUUCAAGAUGAAGUUAGAGAAGGAGGCUAAAAUGCGUAUGAUGACGGAAGGGGAUGUGGCUCGUCUGAGAGGAGUCCUAGACAGCUUUACGCAUGCCAGAGGAGACCUUGAGAUGCAGAUUGAUGGGCUGAAGGAGGAGCUGGUCUACCUCAGGAAGAACCAUGAGGAGGAGAUGCAUUUGAUGCGGACACAGCAGUGUGGUGCUGUUUAUGUGGAGAUGGACUGUUCUUCCUCAGUGGACAUGAGCAAGGUGCUGGAGGAGAUGAGGACCCAGUAUGAGGGCAUGGUGGAGAAGAACCAGAUCACCACCAGCCCCAUAGCGGUGAAGACGUCUCAGUCUCAGGUGACCGACCUGAAGAGGACCUUCCAGAGCCUGGAGAUUGAAAUGCAUGGCCUGCUCACUCAGAAGGGGUACCUGGAGCAGAGCAUCACUGAUAUAAAUGGCCGCUACGGCUCCCAGCUGAGCCAGCUGCAGGUUCAUAUCAACAGCAUGGAGGAGGAGCUGCAGCAGCUCAAUGUCAGCAUCCAGCCGCAGGCCCCCGAGUACCAGAUCCUCCUGGACAUCAAGAUCAGUCUGGAGAUGGAGAUCGCUGAGUACAGGAGGCUGCUGGAUGGAGAGGGACUCAGUAGGCAUGUGGAGACCCGACAGGAGGUCAGGAAAGUGAUCAUGGUUGAGAAGGUCCAGGAAGUACAACAUGUCCAGGAAGUGGUGGAAGAGUACAACCCACACAUGCAGAAGCGUGUGAGGGUGAUCGUGGAGGAGAUGGUGGAUGGGAAGGUGGUGUCCACCUCAGUUGAUGAGAAGGUCCAGGAUAUAAACUGAGAAGGUCAGAUAGUUCCGGAAUCUGGUGAAGUGGUAAUGGACCACACAUACCCCUGCAAACGGGGGUUCAAGCCUCGUCUCUAUAUAUAUGUCAUGGUCGCACACUGUAAUAUUUCCCUUUUGGCAGGAUUGCAUCAGCUGAAUGAUAACUGAUGUAAUUUACUCAUGUUACCUUAUACCUCUUACA